UGUUAUACCGAAUAAGUACGAAAAACACAGAAAUGGCAGGUUUAAUGUUAAUAAAAGGAUAUUCCUCAGGGUCAGACGAUGAAUAUGAUGAUGCAAAUCCUUCAAAGACCCCAAAGAACAAAGUCAACCGGACCAAUUGUUUACCAGGGUUCUCUACAUCUAGAGAACCUCUGGAGCAUUGUGCGGUAGUCUUUAAUAAUCCGGAAGAACACGAAGGACGAGUUAGAUCGUUUGAACAUGAACGAGGGAUUUGGGCGACACUUGUUUAUGUUGCUUACACACCCAGUGAAGCCAUGGAGUCCUGGAUGAUAUCAGUGAGGGAUAAAAUUCCAUCAGGUAACCUAGUCCUCCAGGACUUUCACCUAAGUCUUACUCGCACAUUGGUCUUGAAAUUCCACUGGGUGGAUGCAUUCCUGAUGGGUGUUCGAGAUCUGAUUAGAUCAACUCCACAAUUUACUUUUGGCAUAACCAAUGUAAAGAUCUACUGUAACGAGGAGAGAACCAGGACAUUUCUCGGUCUGGAGUGUCAAUGCCUCGACCAAACGCUCGAGCAUUAUAUGACUUCAUUGAAUAAACUUGUGACAGACUAUGGGCUUCCACCUUUCUAUGAGGAGGCAUCUUUUCACAUAAGUUUUCUAUGGCUCCUCGGAGACAAAGAAGAGGAGCUCCAAGAAUUAAUUCCCUCACUCAACGAAAGCCUAUUCAAAACCUUUUCCGAAAAUCCUGACCAGAAUUACGUAAAUGUUAUCGAGAUUUAUUGUAAAGUGAGUAAGAAGUUGUACAGAUGGCCGCUGAGAAGAUAAUUAACAAAUUGAAUAGGAAAUAAAUAAGGAAAUUGUAAAGUAAAAAAAGAAGUUGAUUUGUCUGUACAAAAAAAUUUGACAUCUGCAUUGCUCAGUCGACAGCUAGGGUUAUGUAAGGAAAAUAAAAGCAUUACAGGAAUUUUAUUAAAUAAAA